AUGUAUUUAUUAUUAUUUGUUUUCCCAGAAACCGAAAAUGGAUUUGAGGACCAGGGUUUGUGUCUUCAGCACCUUUUUAGGGAGCUGCCUAAGUCUGGCCCUUUUGGUGUCAUCCCUUUCGACCGACAAAUGGGCCGAAGCUACGGCCACCAGGCCAACGCCGGUAAUAAAAUAAUUACUCAAAUGAAAUCCGAAGGUAGAAUAAAUCUCGGUUUAUUCUUCGGCAAAAAAGAAUUAAAUGUCGCCUACGGUUGGAGGACAGAUUAUAUCCAUGCGGUUUGGCCCUUGGUAUAUUUUUUGCAGCUGCAUCAGGAAUUUGUGCAGUCGUCAUCAGUGCAGGAGAAGGGCCAAGAGGCUGAGGAGCCUUUAUGUCACCAACGGAAUCACCUUCUUGGCCAGUGCAUAUCAAUUGGAAGUUGGCUUGCACAAUUCUUCUUGUGUCUGAGGUACAACAUGUUAACACAAGACGAUAAGAAAAAUGCUUGGACGAGCGAUGGACAAGCCCAACUUGGCAGCUCUUUUUGGUUCGUUGUAAUAAGUGCCUUCACAUCUUUACUAAACAUCUGUCUCCUGUUAUGUGUUAGUACGAGAGAAAAAGAAACCGAGAAUAUUCAUUUUACUGGAGACGAGAAAAUAAAUGCUGCUAUUAUGCUAUAUUAA